AUGUGUGUAGAGGAGGCGGCAGUUGUUGAUGGUGGAGUUGUUGUGUCAACAGCGAGGUGGCCGGGGCUCUUGUGUAUCACCUCCAGCUGGCCUCCUCCGCCUCUCCUCACUCUCAUCUCCUCCUCCACCACACUACAAGGCACACCCCACACACCCGCGACACAAGAAGCAACAAUGUCUGAAGAUAAAGCUCGGGAAAUGCUGGUCCAACGUGGGCUGGGGGCUGUUUUGGCCAACAUGGGUGCUGGGAAAAUUGGGCCGGGAGCUGGUAAACCUCCCGAGAAGAAGCCUCCUGCUACUCCUCCAAAAGUGGAUACCCCCAAGCCAAACCCAGAAGUAGAUGAGGAACCCGAGGAAAAAUCACCUGAAGAGUUCGCAGAAUGGGAUGACUCUAAGGAAGAGAAUACCUCUGAUGUCAACAACAAAAAUACAAACAGUCAAAGGAAGGACAGCAAUGACAUAAAAGAAGUUGAGAAUGAGAAAGUUGCAGCCAUCCCUGAGAACAUUGGAGCCAUCCAUCGUGGUGUGGGAGCUGUUUUGGCCACUAUGAGUAGCAGGAACCUUGGAGGCAACAGACCUGGUGAUGAUAGAAACUUUGGCGGCAACAGACCUGGUGAUAGAAACCAUGGAAGCAACAGACCUGGUGAUAGAAACCAUGGAGGCAACAGAUCUGGUGGUGAUAUGAAUUCAUCUAAUAAAGGUGAGAAUGAGAAAGUUGCAGCCAUCCCUGAGAACAUUGGAGCCAUUCAUCGUGGUGUGGGAGCUGCUUUGGCCAGCAUGAAUAGCAGGAAUUUUGGAGGCAACAGACCUGGUGAUGAUAGAAAUUUUGGAGGCAACAGAUCUGGUGAUGAUAGGAACCUUGGUGGCAACAGAUCUGGUGAUGAUAGGAACCUUGGUGGCAACAGAUCUGGUGAUGAUAGGAACCUUGGUGGCAACAGAUCUGGUGAUAGAAACCACGGAGGCAACAGAUCUAGUGAUAGAAACCUUGGAGGCAACAGAUCCGGUGGUGAUAUGAAUUCAUCUAAUAAAGGCAAUAUGCCUCAGAGACAGCAACAAAGAAAUCAGGGCUUUAACAUGAAUUCGUCAAGAGAAUUUGCUGGAUGGGAUAUGCACUCUGGGUCAGGAGCCAACUCGGAACCUGUGAGUGGACGCUCUUCAAACAACCAAAGGAUGGGCAAUUACAAUAAAGGGGAAUUUAACGUAAAUAGAGGGCAGCUACGAAAAACUUUCGGAUUUCAAGAGACCUCACUGUUGGGAGAAUAUCCAGGUCCAGGAAGUUCCGGUCCAAGAGGGGGCUACAAUCCAGAUCCAUUGAAUUCGCACCAGGCGCACGAGGACAGUGGAGACAGAGGCGGUGGAUACAAGCGCGAUGCACCUCAAGACCAUCCCGAGGACAACAAGAAACAGAAGCAAGAUGAUGAUGAUUAUGGCUAUAGUGACAAGAAUAUGUGGAAUGACAAUAUGGAUUGUGAAGAUGAUGAUGAGGAUAAUGACCGUAUUGACGAUGAAAAUAAAAAAUUGGCUGAAGAGUAUGGUGGUAAUUUCAUCACAGUAAGACCCAUUAAAGACCAGCCAGGGAAGUUGGGAUACUAUUGUGAGCUGUGCUAUGCAGAAAUGAAUGCGAAGAAAUCCCUGGAGCUGCACUGUGGUGGUAUGAAACAUUUAAAGAAAAAGAACCUCUGGGAGAAGAUGAAGGAUAAAACUUUUGGUGGAUUAGAUGAUGGAAAUAAAUCUGGCAUGGACUCUGGUGCAUCAGGCCAACCUGGCCCACCUGGCACGUCCAGCAGUGAUUCUUUACGCCGCUCUCCUGCCCGGCACAUACCCUCAAGAUCGUACAGAGAUGAUAAUACAAGGGACCAUCUGGACCACGACAUGUCUGCACGUGAUGGCAGGAUGGGUCAACAUGAACAAAAAGGAUACGGCUGGAGAGACAGUGUGUCAAGGAAUGACAUGCCUUCCAACACAUUUUCGUACGACUUCUCCAAACCACCUCCGGUAUCGAAACCACCUCCGGUAUCUAAGCCACCUCCAGUAUCUAAACCCCCUCCAGUAUCAAUACCAACUCAAGAAAAGGUAUCCGGGAAGUCAACAGCACCACUCCUAAAGAAGCUGGCUGAGAAUGCAGUGAAAGAUGAGGAUGAUGCGAAGGUUGCAACAGAGGCCGUUACUCUUCUCUUGAAGACUCUGAAAGAGUUCCACGAGAAAAAGGAUAAUACUAACACCGUGCAUCUGAUUUCAGAAGCUCAGAUUAAAUUCAACAUUGUAUUGGAACUGGAGAAAGCAGCACAGAUAGAAAGAGCCAAUGCUGCUAGUAAGGUUCAAGAACAGACUGAACCUGAACCAGCCCAGACUAACAUAGUAGACAAUAAUGUGCAGAAUGAUCAAAAGCCAGCACAGAGUUUUGACUCCGUAGGACAGAGUUUCAAUUCUCCACCACCAAACUACAAACCUGCAUCGCAAAGUUUCAAAGCGACAUCACAAACUUAUAAUGCUACACAACAAAAUUUCAGCUCUACAGCACAGAAUUAUAACCCUGCAGCACAGAGUUAUAACUCUGCAGCACAGAGUUACAACCCUGCAGGUCAAAGUUACAGCCCUGCAGCCCAGGCAUUCACUCCAGCAGUGCAGGGUUUCAACUCUACAGCACAGAGCUUCAAUCCUGCUGCACAGGGCUUUAACUCUGCAACCAAUUAUAAUGCUGCAGCACAGAGCUAUACUUCUGCUGCACAAGGUUAUGGAUCCCCAGCUCAGAAUUACAAUGCAGUGCAGGGUUACGGCGCUGCUGGAUCAGCUUAUAAUCCCGCAUUACACAGCUUCAAUCCCGCAGCUGGUUUCUAUGGUUUCCCACCGUUUUGCUCUUACACGCCUCUACAGGGAAGUGGACACUCGCUCUUCAGUGCACCGCCGCCACCACCGCCGCCGCCACCACCGGCAGCAGCGGCAGCAGCAGCAGCAGCUUCUACCACCUCUUCAUCGCCGACAUUUGGAUACACUCAGUAGCUUGACGAGGCUUGUAUAUAGCCAUCUUUAUAGUGUUGUACCUGCUGCUUUAGGGCAGUACAGUGACUGUUUACACUUCAAGUAUAUCUCACCUUUUCAAUGCUUUGUGGCUGUCUUGUGUAAAAAAAAAAUUCAUAAUGAUGAACAGGAUAACUCAGAUUUAAUUUGCUCAUAAUAACUUAGUUAUAAUUUUAGUUGAAAAUUAUGUGAUAGAAAUCUAAUUCUUGAAAUGCAGACAUGUUUGCAGUGAUUUUUAGCCCUGUAGUGUGUUUCUUCCUGCAAUGCACUUUGUAGUUAAAGAUAGAACUUUUACUUUUUAACAAGACCAGAAUUAAACAGCUAUGAAAUUAUUGGUUAUUGUACCAGUACACUUAAGCCAGCAUUUAUGUAUCAUCUCCAACACAUUGUUACUAUUGUACUAAAGGUCUGCAAUGUUAUCUGCAAAAGGAAAUGAAGUUUGAUUGUUAUAUCUGACAGUAUCCUUAAUUUUUAUUUUAUUGGAAAUGUCUUUUGUGUCAAUAUUGUGAGGGUUCUGAGGGGAGAAAAUAGUGGUGAUGAGCAGAUUAUUGUGGUAAAACAUGGCUCAAGUCACAAGCUAGUGCUAGAACAUCAGGACACUGUGUCUUAAAGUACUUUCUUUCAUACUGUUAUCAUGGUCUUUUAAAUGCUCAUAAACAAAUGUAGUCAGUGUUGCUACAAUUUCCCAUUAGAUAUUACUGAUGUAUGGUUCAAAUAUCUCUAAUGUUUGUAAUCUAGGGUAGUCUAAUUAGAAUAAAAUCUGUUGUUGUAAAGCAGUAGAGUUUAUCAAUUUUAAGCCAGUUUCAAGUUACUAAAUUAGUGAUGAAAUUUUAUCCUACACAAGUUCUUCCGUCACCAGAGGUUGUAAGGCCGUGGUCACAACACCGAACGUUUAGGCCCUUGAGCCUAAAUUCUAUCAUGCCUCUUGUCAUGUUUUUUAUUUCACUGUAGCAUAGCAUAGCCUUGGCUUUGGGCCGGGCUUGGGGAGGAGAAGAACUCCCAGAACCCCAUCAAGCAGGUACUGUAACAAAUAUUCCAUUGAAAGAUAUGAUUUCAGUAUGAUGGUAGAAGCCAAGUUGUUUAUGACCAAGAUGUGUAAAAUAUGUAAUUAAGAUACCCAUAAGAAAAUGUCGAGCAAACCGUUGUUUUUGACCGAUAGAUUGGUAAAGACACACAAGUUUCUUAGCUCUUAGUUCGACAUUGUUUAUCAAGAGUAUAACUUGAUCCAUACCCUCCAAUGUUUUGUGUUGCUACACUACCCUCCAAUGUUUUGUGUUGCUACACUACCCUCCCCAGUGUGGUGUUGCUACACUACCCUCCAAUGUUUUGUGUUGCUACACUACCCUCCCCAGUGUGGUGUUGCUACACUACCCUCCCCAGUGUGGUGUUGCUACACUACCCUCCCCAGUGUGGUGUUGCUACACUACCCUCCAAUGUUUUGUGUUGCUACACUACCCUCCAAUGUUUUGUGUUGCUACACUACCCUCCCCAGUGUGGUGUUGCCACACUACCCUCCCCAGUGUGGUGUUGCCACACUACCCUCCCCAGUGUGGUGUUGCCACACUACCCUCCCCAGUGUGGUGUUG